UGAAUUUUUUGUGGGUUUCGAGUGUUUGUCGCCAAGUUUCUUUUGUCAAUUUAUAGGUUUUAAGUGAUGCUCUUUACGAUGGAAUAGUCAAAAUCUGGAUGCCUUAAGUUCCCCAUAAAGUGAACUUGUUACGGUGCGAGUAGCUUAAAAAAGUCGCGGUAGGAUCGCGUUCGCUGUAAGACUCGCGAAAUAAGACGCAAUUUUGAGCGAUCACUGUUUUUUUCGCGCUAAUACAAAAAUCAAUGACUCUCAAGUAUUUGCUAUAGUUACUAUUUAUUCACGUUUUCCGUCUGAUAUCAGUAAAUGAGCCACGCUACUUUUACCGCGAACGCAGACGAAUGGUGUACGCGCGACCCCACUACGCAAGACUAUAUUAGUCAUGUCGUAAGCUAUUAUUAAGAUGUAAUAAGAUUUCGAAAAUUUCUCGAAAAAUCAGUAAGAGUUAUAUACCAGGCGCGUAAGCAAAAGGAAAAGGUGAAUAGGAUUUGCACGGGAGACGCGCAGCGGUGUUGUAUCAUGUCGCGAUCGUAAGAGAAAAAUACGCUCUCGACGUGACAGUUUUUUCUUACAGCGACUGCGCUUGGAUCGCAAAGUCACACAACGAUCGCUAAAAGGUCGCUAUUGUUGAGUCACGAUGGCAGAUUACACCUUUUUUGUAAAAUAAGAGUUGGUCGCGACAAUAGCGGCUUCUUAGCGAUCGCGUCGCGAAUCAAGCAAGAAAGUGGACUUGGGGUGCCAUUUUCAUGCCGUCAUCUAUUACCAAAACGAUGCAAUUCAUAGAAAGAAAUGUAUUGUGUACAACUUGAACUCUUUUGACAUAAGAAUAAUAAUUUUUCUAUGUCAAGGCUUUGAGAAAAUCUGCAAAAUAAAGUACUAUCCUCAUUGGAGAGAUAUCUGUUUGAUCUAUUGCAUUUUACAAAGCAACAACAGGUAAGUGUAUAAGAACCAACACACAGCUAGAUACUCCGAAAAAUUCUGCACUUAAGCCCUAAAAGCAACUUUUCGUAGGGGGUUGAACUGGGUAAAAGUUAGAUUUCAAUUUUUUCUGAUUUUGUAGAUGCACCGUUGAGAUUUUCGUGGAUUCCAGUAUUUUAACUAUUCCAAAAGAACGGUGCAUACUUAUCUUUAAAGCAAUACAUGAAUAAAAUUUAAACAUAAUUCUCUACCUUUUAAAACCAAAAUGACAUUCUUACAUUCAGCACAACGUACGAAAGUAGGUUCAGAAAGUGGACAUUUAUGAUAGGGCACCCGUUAACUUUCCGACUUUUGAAGAUGAAGUUUUUCUUUGACCAUCCGGUUUCUUUUUUCCUCUUUUUAGGAAUAUCAACAUCAGCUGGAAUCAAUGAUUUUAGAGGACCAAAUGGAGUUUGGACAGCCAGAGCGAAAGGAAUAGCUCCUCCUGUUUCAACCGUUCGAAACCCAGAACCAACCCUGACACAUAUGGCUUUCGUUGAAUUAAUGAAAGUUGGCUAUUUGAAGUUUCUGGUUUCACAAAACUGUGAUGGUCUUCAUUUGAAAAGUGGAAUAACAACAGAUAAAAUAGCUGAAUUACAUGGAAAUUGUUAUUGUGAGGCUUGUGCCAAAUGCGGUAGAGUAUAUUAUCGAGAAAAACGUGUUCCCUAUUAUGAACAUCACACAUGGCUAACUGGAAAUAAAUGUGAAACGACUGGCUGUAACGGGCGUCUGAGAUGUACAACGGUUGCAUUUACACAGUCAAUGCCAGAUAUUUGUCUUGAUUUAGCAAUAAAACAAUCAAAUAUGUGUGACUUAAGCCUCUGUAUGGGUACAUCAAUGAGAGUCGCACCGGCAUGUAAACUGCCAACAAUGGGCUUGAAAUCUGGUGGUACAAUGGUUAUUGUUAAUCUUCAGAAAACUCCGUACGACGAUCAUUGUGCAUUGAGAAUCUAUGCUCGAUGUGAUGAAGUAUUGGCAAUGGUUAUGAAAGAAUUAAAUGUAGAAAUACCUCCCUAUAAAGAUUUAAAACUGGCGUCGGAUAGCAAUUGGAUGAAAGAAUUUGAAAAGAAUUGGCCAUUUAGAAGAACCACAACAAAAGUACCAACACCACUUACAAGAAUGGCUUUAAGAAAAAUGAAAGGUAGUAAACGACCUCAUACCGAUACAACAAAAUUAAACAAAGAAAAUUUAAAAUUAUAUGAAACGAGACGUCAAUUAGAAAUAAAAUCAAAAAAAUGGAUAUAA